UUAUCUGCAAAAACUGAAGACAAGCUUAUGAAUGCUAGAGAUCGUAGAGUGGGACUUAUGAAUGAAGUUCUACAAGGCAUUCGAAUGAUUAAAUUCUUUUCCUGGGAGAAAAACUGGGAAAAUAGAGUAUUAGAGUCCCGUAAAAUUGAACUUAAACAACUUCGAAAUCACUACAUUUAUUUGGCCAUGUUUGAUCUAUUGUGGUCUGGUUCACCUAUCUUGGUCACUAUUCUCAGCUUUUUCUUUUACACCAAAGUUCAAGGGAAUGAACUUACAGCAUCUAUUGCUUUUACUUCGUUAGUUAUUUUUAAUGAACUUCGAUUUGCCCUUAAUAUUUUACCCGAACUUUUUAUGGAAGCACUUCAAGCCUUGAUUAGUCUAAAUAGAAUAGAAAAAUUUCUAGAUGAAGAUGAAAUCGAUAUUCCAUCUGAAGUUAAUCAUUCGCCUAUAACAUCAAUUUCUUUUGAAAAUGCAACUGUUUCAUGGAAUAAAAUUAAGGAAAAUAAUAAUGAUGAAUUUACUAUGCAAGAUUUGGACCUUGAAUUUCCCGUGGGUGAAUUAAGCAUUAUUUGCGGACCGACCGGAUCCGGAAAGACUUUGUUAAUAAUGUCACUUCUUGGUGAAGCAAAUAUUUGUAGUGGCAAGAUUAAUAGUCCUCACUAUUUCACAUGCCCUACCAAUAAAAAUAUUAAUGAAAGCAAUUGGAUUCUUCCGAAUUGUACUGCCUACGUUGCACAACAAGCAUGGCUUCAAAAUGCCUCUAUUCGUGAUAAUAUUCUUUUUGGUCUUCCUUACAAUGAAAGUCGUUAUAAUCAAGUAAUAAAUGAAUGCGCGUUAGAAAAGGAUUUCCAAAUAUUUGAAGACGGUGACAUGACGGAAAUUGGUGAAAAAGGAAUUACACUUAGUGGUGGUCAGAAGAUGCGUGUUGCUUUAGCAAGAGCUGUAUAUUCGCGAGCAGAACAUAUAUACUUCGAUGAUAUCUUUAGCGCUGUUGACGCACAUACUGCUUGGAAUAUUAUGAAUAAAUGCCUAUUAGGUCCUAUUAUGAAGGGACGUACCCGAAUUCUUGUAACGCAUCAUAUUAGGCUCUGCUUGGCUAGUGCUGCUUAUUUGGUUGUCGUAAAUAACGGAAAAAUUGCCGCAUCUGGAACUGUUUCAGAUCUGCGUAGUUCAGGAACGUUGGCUUCAAUCCUUGAAGAAGCUGAUAGUCGGUCCGGAAUACUGAAUUCCGUCGAAUUUGCCGCUGAAAAUACUUUUAAUUCUGAUGUCAGUAAUAUUUCCGAACAGUCUACCUCAUCUUCCACCAUUCUUACUCACAAUAACGAUUCAUCAACUGCUUCCGAUGCAACUCUUGUCGAUAAUGGCGCUCAGAUGAAUGAUUCACAGCAAAUUAAAAAAGUCUCUAAACCAAAGGUUCUU